GCUCCGUCUCAGCCUGGCAGGUAUGAAGCGGCCACUGAGCCCGUCCCCCGCAGGUGAGAAAGAGCCCCUCACAUCUGAAGGUGUUGAGUGCCCCCCUCAAACUCCAGAACCUCCUAAGUCCAAGCGGGAGAGGAAACAACCUUCGUACACGCUGUGCGACGUCUGCAACAUCCAGCUGAACUCGGCCGCGCAGGCCCAGCUGCACUGCGGGGGGCGCGCCCACCAGCGGAGACUUCGCCAGCUCAGCUUGGGCAAGACCCCCGCGGGGCCAGCAGGCCCGGCCUCCGGCGCCCCCAGCCCCCUACUGGCCUCCCUGCCCCUGCCCGCCCGGCCUCUGCAGCCCCCGCUGGACUUCAAGCACUUGCUCGCCUUCCACCUCAGUGGCAGCACCCCGCUCAGUCUCUUCCCCAACUUCAGCACGAUGGACCCGGUCCAGAAAGCUGUCAUCAGCCACACAUUUGGGGUCCCCUCCCCUCUGAAGAAGAAGCUGUUCAUCUCCUGUAACAUCUGUCACCUGAGGUUCAACUCAGCGAACCAGGCUGAGGCUCAUUACAAAGGCCACAAACAUGCCAGAAAACUCAAGGCUGUUGAAGCUGCCAAGAGCAAGCAGAGGCCACGAACCCUGACUGCAGAUGAGGCAGUGCUGUCCCCAACCCUGCCUCCAGCCAGUGGAGCUCUCGGAGACCCCCAGAGAAAAGCUCCUGCAGCCCCUCUGCCCGGCCUUCCUCUCCAGCUAUCGCUAACUGCAGACCCACCAGCCAGAGAGACAGCCCCCUCGGACAUCUUGGACGUUGCUUCCUCUUCCUCUUCCGGUCCACCCUGCUCCCCAGAGCCUGGCAAGGAGGCACCAGGGCCUGAGCCAGAGGUGGUAGCUGUGGGCAGUGGAGUGCGUGGGGAAGGCAGGGAUGAGAAGGGACGCCUCUACUGCUCUACGUGUAAGGUGACUGUGAACUCGGCCUCCCAGCUGCAGGCUCACAACACAGGAGCCAAGCACCGAUGGAUGGUAGAAGGUCAACGAGGGGCUCCCCGAAGGGGCCGGGGCCGCCCAGUGUCCCGGGGAGGGGCCGGACACAAGACUAAAAGAGUGCCAGGGGGCCAGGGGGGCCGCCAGGGGCCUAGCUCCCCUUUCCACUGUGCUCUCUGUCAGCUCCAGGUCAAUUCAGAGACCCAGCUCAAGCAGCACAUGAGCAGCCGGAGGCACAAGGACCGCCUGGCCGGGAAGUCCCCUAAGCCCACCAGCCAGCACAGCAAACUGCAGAAGCACGCAGCGCUGGCUGUGAGUGUCCUCAAGUCUAAACUGGCCUUGCAGAAGCAACUCACCAAGACGCUGGCAGCCCGGUUCCUGCCCAGCCCUCUGCCCACAGCAGCUGCUGCCAUCUGUGCCCUGCCGGGGCCCCUGGCCCUUCGGUCUGCCCCAACAGCAGCCACCCUCUUCUCAGCUCCCAUCCUGGGCCCAGCUUUGUUUCGCACGCCAGCAGGAGCCGUCCGCCCGGCCGCAGGACCCAUUCUCUUUACCCCCUAUUAGGGUUCCUGGAGAGGCCACCGCUGAUUUCCCAACAGUUACACACUGUCUCUUCCUGCUCGCAAGACACUGGUUUCCUACAUCCCCCCCAGGGACGGCCUUUGGCAGUUUAGAGGUGCCUGCCCAAACUAGGGCAGCUGCUCUGUACUCUGAACUGGGGAUCUAGCCAGUCCCCUGGGCCCAAGGACCAUCUCCGCCCUGCUUUCCCAGCCCUUCCAGGGCCAGUCUGGGGCUCCCCUGCAUUUCCCAGUCGGAUGAAUCCCAAAGAUCCGUGCAGGCACCGCCCCAGACACAUGGUGCUCUCAUCCUCCCCCAGAGGCCUACACGUGGGCUGACUCAGCAUCUCACCUUCCACAAGACAGGCUCUCUCAGUCUGGGUUAGGGUUCCUGGGGCCUCACGGGGGUUCUCUGGAGAGUUACUGGAGAUAGGGGUUAAAGCUGGAGUGGGUUCAGGCUCCUCCCACAAGUUGACCUCGGGGUAGCCUGGCCUGCAGAUGCAUGCCUGGGAUCCAAGCACCAUCCCCCCCCCAGGCUGAUUAGAAGCUCAAGGUCAGCCCAAACUACAUCUCAAACAAAACAGUAAGCUGACCAUGGAGCGUGACAAAGACUUUGGAGGUGAAAGAGAUCCCUUCCUCUCAAGGCAGUUAAGAGGUAGUCAAGAGAGGAUCAUCUACUUAAGGGACGAGGCUACAAUACCAGGAUGAGUAGGUGAAGACGGGGUUCCAGCCCGACCAGGUUUCAUCAGAAGUGACCUAGUCUACCACAGCCCUCCCGUCUUGGCCUUCCACUGAUUACAUCUGAACCCCAGCUCUCUAUGGGGGGGCACUGGGUCUCUCUCAGGCUAUAUACUCAACAUCAAAUCCCCCUCUAAGACUCCCCACACCCACCACGGAGCUUAGGGGUUAGGACAGUCUGAUAUGCUCUCAAGUUCCAUUUUCAUAUUGCCUAAAUCAGUGUCACCCCAAACCCCACAUGGGACUUUGCCAGUAUCCACCUGCACCUUUUUUUUUUUUUUUUUCUGAGGUAUUUCCAAUGGGAGAAGAAAAGCGGGGAGGGGAAUUUUGUGAUAACAGCAGUUGUGGUUUUAUUGUGUUCAACACAUCAAUAAAUGAACUUUGAGCUGGA